GGCGCAUGCGCGCUGCAUUGUUUUGACUGAAAAUGCCGUCGGUUUCGAAAGCGGCGGCGGCGGCGUUGAGCGGGUCCCCCCCGCAGACCGAGAAGCCGACCCACUACAGGUAUCUAAAGGAGUUUAGGACAGAGCAGUGCUCCCUGUUUGUGCAGCACAAGUGCACCCAGCACAGGCCAUUUACCUGUUUCCAUUGGCAUUUCCUAAAUCAGCGUCGGCGCAGACCGCUCCGCAGGCGCGACGGCACUUUUAACUACAGCCCGGACGUGUACUGCUCCAAGUACGACGAGGCCAGCGGCUUGUGCCCCGACGGCGACGAAUGUCCGUACCUGCACCGGACGACCGGGGACACAGAGCGCAAGUAUCACCUGCGCUACUACAAGACGGGCACGUGCAUCCAUGAGACGGAUGCCCGGGGCCACUGCGUGAAGAACGGACUGCACUGUGCCUUCGCGCACGGCCCCCUGGACCUGCGGCCGCCUGUGUGUGACAUCAGGGAGCUGCAGGCCCAGGAAGCCCUGCAGAACGGCCAGCUCAGUGCUGGGGAUGGCGUCCCUGACCUGCAACCUGGGGUCUUGGCCAGCCAGGCCCUGAUGGAGAAGAUCCUGGGCGAGGACCCCCGGUGGCAAGAUACCAACUUUGUGCUAGGCAGCUACAAGACAGAGCAGUGCCCCAAGCCGCCGCGCCUGUGCCGCCAGGGCUACGCAUGCCCGCACUUCCACAACAGCAGGGACCGGCGGCGGGACCCCCGGAGGUUCCAGUACAGGUCCACCCCCUGCCCCAGCGUGAAGCACGGUGACGAGUGGGGCGAGCCCUCCAGGUGCGAGAGCGGGGACAGCUGUCAGUACUGCCACUCGCGCACAGAGCAGCAGUUCCACCCCGAGAUCUACAAGUCUACCAAGUGCAACGACAUGCGACAGACCGGGCACUGCCCUCGGGGCCCCUUCUGUGCUUUUGCACACGUGGAGAAGAGUCUUGGAAUGGCCAGUGACUGGGGCUGCCGAGACCUCACCUCCGCCAGCGGCCCCGCGGCCCCAAGCGGGCAGCCCGGACACGCAAAGCGGAGAGAUUCACCUGCUGAAGGCAGCCAGAAGGCCAGCGAGCAGGACAGUAAGCAGGGCCACCUGGCGGUGUUGGCAGUGGGUCACCCCCUCGCUCCCAGUGUGAGUUCCAGCCUCGCAUCCAGCCUGGCAUCCAGCACUGGCUCAGGCGGCUCCUCGCCCACUGCUCUGCCCACUGUCUCAGCUCGUGCCCACCCUCUUGACCCCACUGGCAGCGCCGUCGAGGCGGUCCCAGGAUCCUCUUUAGACCUUCACCUCGGCGACAUCAGCCUCGUGCCCCCAGAUAAGGACCUGGAGGAGCACGACAGCCGUGACCUCGGACCCACAGGUCAGCGGUCGCUGGGGGGCUCGGCGCCCGUGGCCAUCCCAGGCUGCCUGCCCCGCUCCCCGUCCCUGCAGUCCUCAUCGUCCCUGUCCGCCUCCCCACUCGGCUCCUUCUCCCAGUCCCUGUCGGGGCCACUCGUCUCCUCAGCCAUGACGCCCCCCCAGCAGCCGCCAGCCCUCAAGUCGGAGCCCCGAGCGCUGGGCCCCCCAGCCCCGUCCUACAACUCCUUCGGCUUGAAUGGCGUCCCCGGCAGCAUCUGGGACUUUGUCUCUGGCAGCUUCUCUCCCAGCCCGUCCCCCAUCCUGAAUGCUGGCCCCACGGCCUCUUCAGGCGCGAGUCCAAACAGUGCCGAGCUGGCCCGGGUCAGGCGGCAGCUGGAUGAGGCCAAGAGGAAGAUCCGGCAGUGGGAGGAGUCCUGGCAACAGGUGAAGCAGGCCUGUGACGCAUGGCAGCGGGAGGCCAAGGAGGCCAAGGAGCGGGCGCUCGCGGCCGACAGCGCCCGGCAGCUGGCGCUGCAGAAGAAGGAGGAGGUGGAGGCCCAGUUCCGACGGCUGCAGGAGGAGCUGGAGGGCCGGGGCUUGGCCUCCGCGCUCCCCGGCCUGCGCGGCUGCGGCGACAUCGGCGCCAUCCCCCUGCCGAAGCUGCAUUCGCUGCAGAGUCAGCUGCGCCUCGAUUUGGAAGCAGUGGAUGGGGGAACUCAUUUCCUGAACACGUGCACAUUAACUGGAGCGUCAGUGACAGCGCCCCGCGCCUGCGGCCUCCCGCUCAAGUGCCUGCGCCUAGGAAAGCCAAGGAGCUGCGUGCUGUCCUUUCUCCCCUGGACUUGGUCAGCGUGGUGACAGUGAGCAGGGCAGUGGGGUGGGGGACCCGACGGGGCGGGCGUCACACUGACUGUGCAGAGCCGUGUGGUGCUCCCCCUUCCCAGAGCUUGCUGGCGGGCGUCCUGUCUGGAGCCUCUCUCCACCCAUGUGGGAGACCCUAGCCAGCCUCCAGGGCGACACUGCACCGGAUCUGUUUGUCCAGGUGUUAUGUUCCAGGGACCAUGGGGUUGGGGAGGACCCGGCCGCCGUGCGGGGGCGGGGUGGCAGAAAGGCUGCUGGGAACGGGUCAGAUUUUAGUGCCGGCUUCAGUCUGUUCUGUCUGCAUUGGGUCACUUUCCCUAGGAAUCUGGGAGGAAGUAAAACCUGUCUGUAGUUGAUCCAGACUUUGCUCGUGGCAGAUCCAGAUUGGCAUGAGAAUCUUCCCAGAGUCUGCCGCCAGGCGUGGAGCAGGGGCUGGGCCCUGGCCCGGAAGGGACGGGAUGCCCCCUGCUUGGGGCUGUGCCAAAGACUUUAUAUAGCAUUUUUUAAGUGCAAGGUGACUAGGUAAAAAUUUUUAUCAGUGACCAAAUUAGAAUGUAUUUACUAUAGUGAGAAGUUUAAGACCUUUUUUUUUUAACAUAAGACAAACUGAUAGGAAAGCUGUCAUUUUUUAAGGUGGGUCCAUGGCAUCGUGCAGCUCGCCCGCUGCUAAAGGUAACUAUAUGACUUGGUUGUAGUGAAUCUACUUUGUUUCUAAUUAUACUGAUAAUGAUUAGCUCUUAGAAAUUACGUAUAUUUUGUGCUACUGUUAUCACUGUUUAAAAUUCUUUAUUUUAUUAAUAUUUAUGCACUUGUUUCCCAUUUCAGGCCUUUGGGCUUUUGGGGGGAAAACAGGACAAUGUUUGUUAUUGACAUCUAGCCUCGAUAUUUUCAAAUUAUAAACAAGAACAAUUAAGCUUUAGGUGUAUUUAUAAGCUAUUCCGGUCAGUUCUUUCUGUGGGGUUCGGGGGGGUGGAGGCGCCCCCUCCCAGGCACUCGCUGGCUCUGAGGACAGGUGUGCGGUGGGAAGACCAAAGAACCACCCAGAGUGGAGCUCCUGGGGCUACCUCGGGGCCCUCCCACCCCUGCUGCCUGGCCGCGGUGGCCCUGGUUUUCUGAGGGGGCCACCCAUGCUGGGCUCGGCCAGGCUCGGCCAGGCUCAGCGUCUCAGGGUGUCACCGCCCCGCACUUGGGUGAUGAAGGGGGGCGCUGGGUGUAGCAGCUGAAGCUGCGUGGUGCUCGGCGAGGCCGUUCUUGUUGCCGAAUCUGUCAGCUCCUGAGUGUUCAGUAUUAGCGGUGAUGUUACAUUGUCACACCAUUUGUGUAACUGUGGUCAGCAGAAGACCACGACUCAGUGUGGAUGCUUCAUGUGGAUUAAUUUAUGGAAGCCCCAUUCUGUAUGUCUGUUUUGAGUAUUUAGAGGAGAAUGUUAUUGGAAUGGAAUUUUCUUAACCCAGAAGGUAGUAUUUAUAAUGCAUAAUCAUUUACUUGUAGUGAAUUGUUUAAAGUUAACACUUGUUCAAAUUUUUUUACACUAUAGCAUUUAUGCAAUGGUUUACAGAAUUCAUGGAAUUAUUUUUAUCAGUAGGGAAAUUAAUUAAAACUUUGAAUCUUUAUUUUGUCUGCAUCUUUGCGCACAACCCCGAGAGCCUGCUGGCACAGAAGGAACAGAGGAAGGUGUCCUCUGGCUGAGACCUGUCGCCCUGCUCCUCCUGCCUCAGAUCACAGGGUGUUCCCACGCAGUCCAGGGUCGCCUCGUAGCAGCUCUGCUGUCUUGUCCGUGGGUGUCCUGGGACCCAAGUGCUCAGAGCUGGAAGUUUCUGC